UCUAUAUCAGUGUGGUCUCGCGUUUGCAAUAAGACGUUGUUUUGAUCGCGAUCGAAUUAUAUUAUUUACAUAAUUUCGAACGAAGUUAUUUUUUUAUAGUUGUGUUUUGUUAAUUUUUUAUUUAAUAUUUUUUUAUAUAUUAUAUUAUUACUUCGCGCCAAGCCAACCCAAGGAUAUAGACGAGAAAUAUUAGUAAAAUGGCGCCGUGGCAACACAGAACGGACGCAGUACACUGGUACAUGCAGGAGCUGAGCUCGCGUGUGGUGGCGGCGAGUGGUAUACCAAGUGAUCGCCACCAUCUAGGAAAACUGACACUCCAGGGUUUCAAAGAUGCUCCAGACUUCGUUCUUCAGAUAGAUGGUGCUACAAAUGAAACAGAAACAUUUGGAUCUGCCCUGAAGAGAUCAGUUCAAUGUGCCACAGCGUUCAGAAAUUUAGGUCUUAAGCAUGGAGAUGUCAUCGUGUUGAUGGCGCCGAACCACAUUCAUCUUACUGUACCUAUGUAUGCAGCGUUUUAUCUCGGGAUAAGUGUUGCUGGGAUUGAUAUGACCUUAAGACAUAAUGAACUCCGCGAAACAUUCAAAUGUAUCAACCCGAAGAUGAUAUUUUGUCAGAGCGAGAGUGUGAAUGACAUCCGCUCUGUAAUAGAAGAAUUGAAAUUCGAUACAAAAAUUAUCACUUUUGAUAAAAAUGAUCGAUGUAUGAACUUCUCGGACCUUCUCGAGAAGUAUGGAAGUGAUGUAUCUGUUAAGGAUUUUAAGGCUGCUGAUUUUGAUCCAGCAAAGACAAUAUCUUUGUUAAUAGCGACCAGCGGAACAACUGGCUUACCAAAAUCAGCCGCCAUUACCCACAAAAACAUGGCUGUUUCCGUCCCAUAUAUGUGGUUAACAUAUUCCAAGUUCCCAACGCCUACUCGUCUAACUGUGGUGUUUUCCCCAAUAGAGUGGUAUUCAGCUUUGUUCCAAUUCGUCUUUUCGCCGAUCAUAAGGCAUUCUAGAUUACAAUCAUCGGCACCGAUGACGCAAGAGCAUGCUUAUUAUCUCAUUAAUAAAUUCAGACCAACGUUUGCGAUGACGAGCCCCAACAUGUUGACGACAUUUUUGAAAAUCGGCGAUCGUAACAAAUGCGAUUUCACGUGCUUUGAAACUAUUCUAGUCGGUGGGAGCUCCGUUCAUACUAGUCUCAUUGAAGAUAUUAAGAAAGUUUCUCCGAACACAAAUGUGGUAGUGAUUUACGGCAUGAGCGAAAUAUCAGGAAUAGCGUUCAAUUUUGACCCAACCAUACCGAACUCACUCGGAAAGCCUAUCCAGAGCUUGGAACACAAACUGGUAAACCCUGCAACUCAUAAAGACAUAACGGAACCUGAUGUUCCGGGAGAACUGUGGGUGAGAGGACCGGGUGUAUUCCAGGGAUACUACAACAACCCAGAAGUAACAUCCCAAGUGGUAAUGAAAGGUGGCUGGUUGAAAACUGGAGACAUGAUGUACAAGGACAACAUGUCGAACUUCUACUUCGUGGAGCGAAUAAAAAUUUUAUUGAAGUAUAGAAGUUAUCAGAUUUCUCCUCUAGAAAUAGAGAGUGUGAUUGCGGAACAUCCAAGAGUAUUUGAAGUAGCUGUUACCGGAAUCCCUCACAAAGAAGAUGGAGAUCUGCCAGUUGCCUGUAUCGUACCUCAUGAGGGUUACAAAAUAACUGCUCAAGAAAUCAAAGACUUAGUAAGAGACUCACUCAGUGACUCGAAGCAACUGAGAGGAGGAGUGAUAUUCCUGAAAGAGUUGCCGCUUACUUCAACAUCGAAAAUCGAUCGACCAAAACUGGCCGCCUUAGCUCGGUCAAUGGAAAGAGAAUAAAACUUGUUUUUAUUUCAAAACAUACUUAACAAAUGAUUAUAAUUUUUUAUCUCAAAUAAAUGUUUAUAAAUAUGAAUAUAAGUGUAUUGUUACAAUAUGAUUUGUUCCAUUGUAAGCGGAAACGAUAACACCAUUGCGAAUAUUUAUUGACUGUCGUGUAAUAAAAUUGUUCAUUAAUGAUUAUUUAAUUAUGA